AUGGCUAUUUGUCAUAUGUUUGAAGAGAUACGCUCUGAACUGAACGCUGUUGAGAUUGAUACAUGUAAAAAUGUUGGUAUUACGAGCCUUAUGAAAAAUUAUGUAUCGCAGAGUCAAGGACGAGGAAAUAUUAUGGAGAACGCUGGUUGUCUAACACACGCAGCUAAUAAAUUAACCGAUGCUGAUGGUUAUUUCGAUAUAUCUAUACCGCUCAGUUUCAUAUUAGGAUUCGCUGAAGAUAACAAUCGUAUUAUCAUAAAUGCCAAACAUGAAUUAAUACUGAUAAGAGCGAAUUCAGAUAUAAACGCAUACAUACAUAAACUAACCGCAGCUACCGAUGUUGCGAAUAGAGUCAAAAUUGUGUUGAAUAAAGUUGAAUGGAACGUUCCGUAUAUCACAAUGUCUGAUAAGCCGAAAAUUCAAGCGCUUAAUUUUAUAUCAAAUGAUCCAGCAAUUCCACUUAGUUUUAGUACAUGGCAAUUGUAUGAGUAUCCACUGCUACCCAGGACCACGAAACAUGUUUGGCCAAUCAAAACUUCUACUCAGUUUGAGAAACUACGAUAUGUAAUUUUAGGAUUUCAAACUGCCAGAAAAAAUGAUGUACUUAAAGGUGCUAGCAAAUUUGAUCAUUGUUAUAUUAGAGAUGUAAAACUAUUCCUUAAUUCACAAAGUUAUCCUUAUGGAAAUCUGAAUCUUAAUAUAAAUCGGAAUCAGUUUGCGUUGAUAUAUGAUAUGUUGAAACACUAA